CGCGGCCCCGCCAUGGCGCCGCCCGCCGCCCGCCUGGCGCGGCUCUCCCGCGCCGUCACCUUCAGCGCCUGCCACCGGCUGCACAGCACAUCGCUGAGCGAUGAAGACAACUUGAAGCUCUUCGGGAAGUGCAAUAAUCCAAACGGCCACGGGCACAACUAUAAAGUUGUAGUCACUGUGCGUGGAGAGAUUGAUCCAGUCUCAGGAAUGGUUUUAAACCUGACAGAUCUGAAAGAAUAUAUGCAGAAGGCGAUCAUGGAGCCACUUGACCACAAAAAUCUGGAUAAGGAUGUGCCCUACUUUGCUGAGGUUGUGAGCACCACUGAGAACGUUGCAGUGUUCAUCUGGGAAAACCUCAAGAAACUCCUGCCCACGGGGACUCUUUAUAAAGUCAAAGUGUACGAAACGGACCAGAACAUUGUCGUGUACAAAGGAGAAGAAACAAUCUCUGAGAAGUGAAAUGAGCUUAAACUUAAUUGAUCAGAAACCCCACUGCCUAAUCACAUCAGUGAAUUACUUCAGCACUGUGCACUGUCUCUCUUACAUGUAGGCAUUGAUUAUGCAUUUCAUAAGAACAGGAAUAUGUAUUUUACAAGAAUUCUUGCAGCAAUCUGGUGGAUGGAGUUCAGGAAUUUGUUGAUUUGUCUGCUUUUUUUUCCAAGACAUUCCUGUUUUGCAAAUCCCAACCAUCAAGCUGAUAUAAAAGCUGCAGUUGUACUGUAUUAAAUAAAGUAGCUUCCUAGAGAGUGGAUGGUCUGGCAAAGUAUAUCCUUUGCAUUCACAAAAGGCUUUGAUUUUCUCUAAUUAAACAUUGGAUUAAUUUAUGAA